AUGACCUCGGCCACGGAGCGCAUGGAACUCGCGGAGGCCGGCGGCGAGGCGAGCGGGUCGGAGCAGUUCUUGGUCCAGGAGGCUCGCGCCAGGCGUUCGCCCUGGCGGGCGGCGGGUGGCGCAGGCGUGGCCGCCCUGCUCCUGGCCGGCGCAGGCGCGGGGGCAGCGCGCUUGGCGCUGCACGGGGCUGCCUCGGACACGGACCGCCUCCAGAGUAAGGUGCAGACGGUUGCCCUGCCGCCGCGCGACAAGUGCGCCAGCACGGACGACGACUGCUACAGCCUGGGGUGCUGCAACGUUGCAGGCCUGAACUGCUUCGAGACCAAGCCGGGGAAGGGCAAGUGCCUGAAGAACUGCACCCCCAGCGCCUCCCAGUUGUGCGUUCAGACACAGCCGAUCAUGGACCCGAUCCUCAAGGAUGCCGACUGGUACGGCCCGUCAUUGUACUGCUUCGCAGUGGUCAUGCAGGACAUCGGCAGCACAAAGAAGAUGUACGACUUGGAGCUGCUCCAGGGAGCAUACGGCAGGAAGACCAGCAUCUUCGGGUGCGAGAACUGGGGAGUAUUCAGCGACAAGGAGGGGGAGGUCGGGCCCGGCGCUCCGCUCGUGAAGCUGGAGGAUGCCGACGGGGACUUCCAUUUCGCGAAGAGGGAGGAGACUGGCACCUGGCUGAAUACGGGGUUGCAUUACCAGGCUUGGAAGGCAAUUGGGGAAGCCGGCGUGUACAAGAGCGCCAGCUGGGUCGUGAAGGUCGAUCCAGACGCGGUGUUCGUGCCGAGCCGCUUGGUGUCUUACCUCUCUAGCAAGGUGGUCCCGGCCAACGGCCUCUACCUCGAGAACUGCAAAGGCGUGAAGUACGGGUGGUUCGGCAGCUUGGAGAUCUUCUCGGCGGUGGCCUUCGAGACGCUCCUGGGGUCGAUGGCCUCGUGCAAGGACACAGUCGAUUGGAAAACGGGCGUUGACGGAGGCAAGUACGGCCCCAUGGGCGAGGACUUGUUUGCGCAGGUUUGCUUAGACACGAAACGCGUCUCCCGUGGCGAGGCAUUCGGCACCAAGCUGGACGGAACUUGCGAGGCGGACCGGCCAACCGCCGAGAAGAAGAACAAGAAGUGGAAGCCCUCGUGCGACGGCGAGAACUUCCCGGCGUACCACCCGCUGAUGAAGCCCGAGGACUAUAUGGCGUGCUUGGAUGCCACCACCAAGGCAUUCGGCUACUGA